GCCAGAAGAGAAGGCGGUGGAGUACGUGCGUGUGUGUGUGCGUGUGUGCGUCGUUGGGCUCCUCUCCUUCCCUCCCGCGGCACAUUCGACGACUCGGGCGUCCGUCGUCGGCUUCGAGAUCGCUCGGUGCUCGCCGGUCGGUCGGUGGCUCCGUGGAAUCUCUCGCGCGCGGGACGCCCCCUUCCUAUUCGGCCGCGAGGAGUGUUCGUCGGCCGGUUUUUUAAACAUCGCUGUGGGCGCCUGCCGCCCCGCUGCAAAUUCGCGGCUUCCGAGUUGUGGAAGCGGGGCUCCGGUGUGUUCGUUGUCGCCGUGUGGUGCUCUAGCGGCGAUGUCAUGUGGAUAACAACAUUCGCCGAGUGACUCGGCGCGGCUGACCUGUGGCACCUCUGUUUUUCGUCGCCGCGGAACCCGUGUGCAGCGCGUCGUCUACUUGCCUGUUCAGUGCUCGAAAUCGGGGGCCGCGUACUUCUGCCGGCUCCCCGAAAGCUCUGGUAUUCUCGUGGAACUUCGCAGCAGCCCGGACACCGGACUGGUCCAAUUGACACUGCUGCAUUCCUGAAGCAGUCGUCCAGCCCUGUCGUUCCUCAAAUUGCUUUGGAGCGGCUGGCCGCGAACCACUACCACCCCUGAAGAAAAGCCGACGUAGCGGGGGACCCCGACUGCACUACUUAACCGGCAACUGCGUCGGCGGCAAGACACGCCGGUGCUCCUCAUUUCUUUCCUGCUCGUGUUUUCCACACCGACGAAGAAAGGAGAGAAGUUCAGACCCCAGACAGCACCGGCGGCGACUUCGCCGCGCGUAGGCGGCUAGGACGACCUGUCGUCGGGGCAUGCCGACGUCUCGACCACAACCGCCGGCCGCGCUGACAACGCCCUCCCUGCCGACGCUCGGAGACGACGACGCCGGAAACAAAAGAGCAGCGCGCUGGCAGCGACGCGACCGGAACUAAUCCGUCGCCCGGUCGACGAAGAACGAGGUCUGCGAGGACGCGACGACCAAUAAGCACCCCCUGCUGCUGCGAGGGCCGUCGCCCAUGAAUCCUGCUCCUCCAUGGCAGACACAAUGGCUCGACCUUUAGAAGAUGACUGCUUCCGGAAAAGAUCGGUCGAAGAGGAUGUCGCCAAGUCCAGCGACCUGUUCGAGCUGCUCAACAAGCUGCAGAAUAGCCGGCUCGACGACCAGCGCUGCGAGCUGCCCCGAGGCGAGCCGUCCCAGGCACGCCGCAACAAUGCGGCGCCCGUCAGCAAGGCCGAGAGGCAGACUCAAGACCAAGAAAAGUUAGAGGAGAUCCUUCGUAAGCAGGGCGGCUACCCGAUGGUGGUGCUUCCUGUGGCCGGCGGUUACUGGGUGGACGGCGUGGACUGCGCCUCCCCCUCGGACGUCUUCGACAGCGUCUUCGUGCCGGGACACUUCACGCCGGCCAAGAUCAACAACCGGGAGAUCGCCACCACAUAUCGCAGGCAUUUCCUCGGAAAGGAGCACCUCAACUAUAUCGGACGAGAUGAAGGUUCGAAUCCCUUCGUUCUAUCGCUCAAGCUGGAAACGAUGGAAGAGGCGAACGAUCACUACAGGGUCAUACUUAGAACGAAAGAAGGCAUCGCUAGCGAACUGAUACCGAAUGAUCCAAAGAACGAUCUCUGGACGGCAGCUCGACUUGUCAAAUCCUUACGUGAUAACAUCAACAAUGUGGUGCUGCAACCAGUGUUUUUUCCAAAGGCUUCCGAACUCCUGAUGGCAUUCGACGAACAAGUUCUAGUCCACGAGUACAAAUUUGGAGUCAUUUAUCAACGGGCCGGCCAGAUACGGGAGGAGGAGCUGUUUGGAAACCGCCACCAUAGCGCUGCGAUGGAAGAGUUCCUAAGCAUGCUGGCCGACAAAGUCACGCUCAAGGACUUCUCUGGGUUCCGCGGUGGCCUGGACACACAGCACGGCCAGACGGGCCAGGAGUCCUUUUACACGUCUUUCAACGGCUGCGAGAUCAUGUUCCACGUCUCCACACUGCUACCGUUCACCGAGGGAGACGUGCAGCAGCUUCAACGCAAGCGGCACAUUGGCAACGACAUCGUGGCCAUCGUGUUUCAAGAGGACAACACGCCAUUCAUGCCCACCAUGAUUGCUUCGCACUUCCUGCAUUCGUUCAUUGUGGUCCAGCCCAUCAGGACGGGACGCCUGCACCUCGGAAGGCAGAGGUACCGGGUGGCAGUGACGGCUCGGCUGGACGUUCCUUUCUUCGAGCCCAAGCUGCCGGUGCCGGCCGAGUUCGAGGCUGGACCCGAGUUCCGCGAGUUCCUGCUGCAGAAGCUCAUCAACGCCGAAAACGCCUCGUACCGGGCCGAGCAGUUUGCACGGCUAGAGGCCCGGACCCGGUCGUCGCUGCUGCAGACCCUUCACGACCAGCUACUGUGCAAGACGCAGGACUUCUCCGGCAGCGCCAGCUUCGUGGCCGGCGACGAGCUGGACGAAGGCGCGGCCACCAACGGUGGCGCCACGGCCGUGGCCAGCGGAGCGAGCUUUCUGGACGGCUUCUUCCGCAAGGCGCUCAGCGUCAAGAUCCGCAGCCAGUCCGUCGAGUCCAACCUGGCCAAGCGAUCAUCCUCCAGCGCGAGCAGCAGCAGCCUCACCAACACCGUCAUCGGGGAGAACACGCCGCUCGCCACUGGGACACCUAAAGCCCAGAGUUCCAAGAGCGUGAACCAAGGAUCGCCAUCCCAAAGCAGCACCCGGCGGCUGGACUUCCCGACGGUCACCUCACUGCUGGGCAUGAGCCGGCGUCGUCCCAACAGCAGUCCUACCACGCCGGUGUCCAGUCCCGAGACGCCUCCGUCGAUGGCCAAAUCUCAGCUGGGCUCCCAGCCGCCGGGCUUUCAGCAACAGCAGCCGGGCUGCGCCGAGUCCGACACCUCUAGUCUGAACAGCGUCGAAUCCGACCUGGGCCUCAGCGGAAGCAUGAUGAUGCCGCCUCCGGAGAUCCCGUCCAGGAACUCCCGCUCCCUGCUCAUACAGGCCACGGCGGCGUCAGCGGCCAGCGGAGGUGGAUCGCACGCGGAUGGUGCCGAUAUGUUCCAAGGCUUUCAGGAGCAGAUCGAGAGCCUGGCACAAGAACUAGCGCGUAUGAAGAGGGAAAAGUUUGACUGGCUCAAGGAUAAAGCAAUCAUGCAGGCCGAAAUGCAGAAGCUGACCGACAAGGAAGUGCGUCUCACCACGGACCUUUCGCUCGCCAAGCGCGAGGUGGCGCGACUGUCGAAGCUCGUCUGAUAUCCCGGCAACAAACUGUUCGUCGUCGUCGCGACGCACCACUGCUAGUCAACUCUCCACCUUGCUGCGAACGCUUCUUCUUCCCCCACGGCUGUUGCGGAAAGGAAGGGGAGUGUGCUGGCACACACACACGUAUGCCAAAAAGAGAAGAAAGACAAAACGGUUUGAUCGGCACAUCCAGUUAUCAUCGCCUGUGCACAACCUUACCUGCUGCUGCUGCCCGCCGUUUUAUUGUGUUUCAUGUCAGAGACUAACUCCUCUCCUUUUGCUCCGCGCCUCACAUCAUCCUCUCCACGAGUGAGCUAUAUAUAUACACACACACCAUGGACAGUGUGAGGAUUCCUCCGCGUUAUGUUUCAACAUCUAAUUUAUGUGAUGUGUGCUUUUGUGAAAUAUUUCGCUUUUAGUGCAUCUUCUUUAUCGCGUUCCGCUGUCUGAAAUGUUUUUUUUUUUCAAUCCAUACAUACAUUGCUAUAUCAUGACAAGCGAGGUUAUUGUGGCUUUGCGUAUGCCAUGCGUCUCUUUUUUUCCCUGUCAGUGCAAUGCAUUUGUCAGUGUAGCUCGAAUACACCCCAGCAUACGUGCGCCUCCUCUAAAUCCAUUUAUCUCGUAUUUUAUUAUCAGAUUACGUACAAAACGUAAUCUUACGAGAAUAAUGGAUGCGGGACAUAUGCCUCGUGCGAUACGUGCUUUGGUUGGGACGUAUAUUUUCUUCUUUUAGCUUAGAGCUCAUUGACGACACUGUUUUAUGGGUAACUUUUAUUUAUUACAAUUGUGUUAAAUAUUUUUUUUUCGCGAAACUGUCUAGACGUACAAAGAAAGAGACUGCAAAUGCUACGUGGCGACGUUAUGUGGCAUUGCAAGUUUAAUGUUGAAACAUUUGGUCAAGAAACGUCCAAUUGAUGCAUCAGGUAGAAUUGUUCAAUACAUAUGAAAUUUUGUUAUUUUAUAAAUUUUAUUAAAUUUUGUUGUUUCUGUAUUUAGUACAUUGCAAGCCAAAGUUUCUCAGUAUACUGUAAGUCCCGCGUCAUGAUCCUUGGUUGUGCUGAUUUUUGUUUUGUCUGUAUUCUGUACAAAGCUUUUAAACCAUCGAAACACAUUUUUCAGCAUUGUCUUCUGUUUCUCUUUCUUGUUUUCGUAUGCCGCAUUUUUUUUUUUUUGCAUCCUUUGCCUUACGGUUUGCGACAUACUAGCGCGCGAAUGAAGGCGGUGGGCUUGUGUUCAUUCGAACUUUGCGUGAGAUGACUUCAAUAUACAUCGCCAUACCGUACACUUAGCCAUUUGUCUCUUUUUCUUUGUUUCCACGAGCUUGAAGGUGCCACUACAUCGGUAGCUGGCUCCCUAAGACUUCCGCGAAUGUCCUUCUUGUGUCUGCCAACCUCGUCACACAAAAAUUGUUCUGUGCUAUCGAGAUUUGCCUAGCUUGUCAAACUACCCUGACCCCACAGUUACAAUUUACGGAAUACACGGAUACCAGGCACAGUUGAGGCAGCGUUGUUAGCAACACCCUGUGGGCACAACGAUUCCCAAGCGUUUCUGUUCUGAGAACUGUUGUCGAAGAAAAAGAAGUAGACAGCCACUGCACGUUUGCGAGUGAAGGUACCGAUGCCCCUACGCUAAGAUAAUAUACAUAGUGAUUUCAAAUAUUAUUCUUUGUGCUUUAGCUAAAUUCAGCGUCGCGACAUGGCGCCAGCAACGUUGCUGCUCUUGACAGCGUCUCCGGUUUUCUUCUAUUCCUUAAACCCCUGCAUAAACAUAUUAGAGUUUAUGCAAUAAACGAACACCAGAGACCCCUACGGAAGCGUCAGCGCUGGCAGUGCCAUCUUGAUACAUUCUUCAACUGCAAUGAGUUAAAACGUCUAUGCGUCGUCACUCUACUCGCACGAGGACAAGGAAGCAUGUGUUAUCUGUAGGCUGUCGAUUGUCACUACUGACACCUUGUCACCAGAAGAUAGCCAUAACACAGCCGUGGCAAUCAAGUUUCGUGUGUUCUAUGAGAUCAUUCUCACACAAGAUGGCAUCUACAGCCCUGCUUCGCAGUCCGAGUCUCUGAUGUCCCUGUAUUCCGUAAAACUGCAACACCUCAUUAAGCCGUGCUAACACACUAUAGUCGCAUACAACUUUAGAAUUUCCUCCUCAAGGGCGGAUGCUCACAAGCCUGCACCAAUGGGUGCGCACUUCAGACUGUCGUCAUGAGCCAGACAGCCCGCGAACAUUUCCGAGUGCAUGAGCGGGACUAUUUCUUUCGUCGCAGUGGCGGUCGGCUGCCGCUCUUCGGUCGUUUGGGCGGGACCUUUCCGGACUUCUUAAGUUGUAUCCGACUGUAGUGAUGACUACUCAGAGGGCAUUUAUUGCAGCGUGUGUACGUAUUGUUACAUCCCGCUCGCUCUACUGCACACCGCACCUGCAUUUCACCCAUCAUGUGCCACGUUCAGGUGUACUACUCAUUUGGAUUCAGCUCGAGUGUGCCGCUUUGCGAAGAUUAUUGUAGACUUGUAGGCAUCGAAUAGCCUCCCAUUGCGUAGAUGACCUGUGAGGAAGGGGUCUUUCGAUUGCCAACAAAAACGUCUCUACGGGAUGUACACCUAGCGGCUGCGUCUCAAGCAGGUCCGCGCUUUUCAGCCAUUGGAGACUAGUUCGUCUCCCCCUGUUCAUUGUUCAAAGUACGCUCGAAACUCGUGCGCGCUGUGUUGUGUAGUUACUCGUACACUACACACAAACGUUCUGCGUCGUCAACGCGUUUUGCAGGCGUGCUUGACGGUAGCCUGAAGUCCAGGGAAGUUACUUAUUAAUGUUGUAUAUAUGUGCGAGUGCAUUUCCUUUGGCACCGAGAAAAAUUACUGGCAGUAUUGUCGUAGAAACUGAUCUCUUCGAGUGUUAGCAUAAUAACGCGUAACAUUGUCAACGCUUACGAUCACUUGAGCAGGACUCCAGGACACCGUCGUAAAACAAUCUUUCGAAGGGGUUUGGAAAAAGCCAGGAUAAUGUUGUCGAUGCUCUGAGGUGGUAUUUUCAAUGGGUGAACGGGUAAAAAUGUAGUGGUUCCGAGUAUGUUCAAAGUAGAAAGGCUGUCUUAGUGUUUGUAAUUCAGUGUGCAGGACCUACGUCCGAAACCCGAUUUUAUUCAGUAAAAUACGCAGCGCACUUAUCCAUAUGAAAAGUCUGAAGAAGUCGACGCACUAUGGACAACUAAAGUUGUGUUUGAAGAAUUGCAGAACCGAAACUCGUUUUCGAAAUUGACGUUUCCGUAAAACUUGGCGUUCCGUAAAUUUGGGGGCUCCGUAAAAAGGAAGUUUUCCGUAAAAUCGGAUUUCAUAAGGUAAGGUACACUCUAAGAACUGUGACUCUCUUUUUAUACAUGUGGGAGUGGUAUGUGUAGCACUCCCUUUAGAGAAGCACGUUGACCCUCUUUAGGAGAGUUGUGGAACGCACGACUUUCCAAAAGAGAGUCAAAGACGACUCUCCUAAAGAGCGUCAACUUGCCUCUCUAAAGGGAGUGCUAGACACAUGUGACUCUCACAUGUAUAAAAAGAGAGUCAAAGGAUACCUUUUUUUUUUUUAGAGUGUACAUCGACAGUACGAACGUGGGACUGUGCACAACUAAAGUUGUGUUCGAAGAAUUUGCAGAAACGAAACUUAUUUGCGAAAUUGACGUUUCCGUAAAGUUUGUCGUUCCGUAUAUAUUAAGGGUCCUGUAAAAAAAGGAAGUUUUUCCGUAAAAUCGGCGAUUCCGUAAAAUCGGGUUUCGUAAGAUAAGGUAUAUCGACAGUAACAACGUCGGGUGUCUCGUGUCGUGUCCGUAAACUUGUUGAUGCUCGUGAUAUUUCCGCGCGCUACACAUGACGAUGAGCUUUUUUCUGAAUCUCUUCUGUAAGUAGCCGUGACGUCCGUGCGAUAGCUUUAGGGACUACGCGGAAAUCCGCCAUUGGCGAGAAGGCCGUCUCUAUAGUUUAGUGUCGUGUAGUUCGUAACGCCGUACGUAGCCCUGUAUACCACUCAGAGCAUACUCUCGAUGUAUACGCCCAUGUAGUCUCGGAUAGUUAUAGAGACAGCCUCCCUUUCUUCGAUUGCGAGAUAUCGCUGUUGAUAGAUGUUUAUCUCCGGAGUUGUAAAGUGUUUGAAUACAGUCAAGAUUGUACACAUGGGCUUCGCUGUUCAACGAGUCGUUUACCUCUCUUCAAAAUACGCUAGAUCUUACAUUAUUCGUAGUUUACGCGGGAACUAUCAUGUUGUAAAUAGGGGCACACCAGCGUUCACGGCAGGCAAGUAUAAACAACAUAGACUUGAGCGAAAUGCUAUACUUAAUGAUUAAGGUUAGGUGUGCUUUUAAAGUGAAGUGGUCACGAUGGUAACUGCAUACAAAUUAUUGACCAAACGCGAGUCUCUUGCCUCCGAUUUCUCACAUUUAACAUGUCCCUGUCCACGCCUAUUAUACCCUCCCCCACCUUUAUCUCUCUGCCUUGAGGAUUUCCCGUUGCCCUUGUAGCGAAGGUGCAUAGGUGUUAGACGUGCUGUGCGUGCAUUUCAACGUUUUCAAGCAUGUUUCUUCCCGACGGAAACGUUCAGACAUAUGUUGGAACACAUGAUGUACCGUACGUUAGGUCCAACGUGCGAUCCAUCUGCCUGCUAAUAUCACUUAAUCAUUUCCUAGCAUCUUUCUUUUGUAACGUUAAUUUCAAAGGAAUAGGCUUGUUUUAAGAGAUGAAGUACGGAUUGGAAAACUAGCGUACUUUACAAACAGGAAGGUAUAAGUACAACGAUUUCGGCGUACGCAUGCAAUAUAUUUAUAGGUUUCGUUUGUGGCGCCAAAAUUUCAUCGAUAAAUUUCGCAAAAUUCCGCUAAUCCUAGUAAGAUUACGUUGGAAUGACAGAAUAAUGCUUGAAUGGAGUUCACUGAGUCUGACGAAACUAAUAAACUGCUUGCUCACACGUUAUUCAUUGAAAGCUUAUUAAACAUGUGAAAAGUGGAACGUGCAUAUUUGGGGUCUUGCCGACUGUGCAGUGGUAUUCCAAUUGUUCGUGCAUUUUGGAAGUUUGUGGAGAUAUCCUAGUAAACGUUGUCACUGCUUUUUAGACGAAACAUUAUGCGCAGAAUGUCUUGUACAUGCGAAAGACGUUGACACAAAACUUCUGCUCUUCAGGCAUGCUUGUUUGGCUUCUUCAUAACUGCUUAAACUGCCGUUUCUGCUGGAUCUUCUACUGAAUUCGAAACUGCGGAGACUAGUGUUAUUGGCACGUUUCAAUUUAACUGCAUUCUCUCGGUAACUGGCUGGCCCAGUUGUGCGCUGCCACAAACCGUCGUCGGCUGGAAAGUAACAUUUAGCGAAUGCCGGUACUCGGAGAUAAAUCCUAGAACAAUACAGAUGUCCACGGGAAGGUUGGUUUGGGAGUAAUGAAAAGUGACCGAACGAAUAACGUCGCUGGAGUCAACGUUCCAACGGAAGAACUUAUCGUAUACAGCGUUUUCAUCUCCCUGAAGCCUGGCAAAUCUCCUUUUCGAAACGUCGGUCCCCGUGACAUUCCUUGUUGAACCUUGCACAUCAUGUUCUCAGGAGUGUUUUUCGAUUACGGUAUGUGUGCGAUACCCCCUCCUCCUCCUUCAUCUCUUGAAGGUGCGUGUAUAUCUAUACAAAUAUGACGCGAAUGAAAAUGAGGAUUGAGCGUUGUCGCACUUGUUCAGCAUACGGCACGUGUUCUAACGGGAGUUAGUGUAGGGUCUCAUGUCCCACGAACGGAAGCGUCGUCUGCUUUGUGUGUAUGCUACAAACUUUCAUGACGUUACAAAAAAAAAAUGCUUAAGCUCGCGUGACGAUUGGAUCGCGUCGUUUGUUGUUAUGAGACUGUUGAAAACACCUUCCACAUAGCAAUGUACAUUGCGCCGCUUGACGCCGUCCUCAUUAGCGAUCAUCGACACAUAUAUACCACGAGUCAUAUACGGUACGAAUGAUCUGAGUACAAGCGCAACCUCGCGAUAUAGCGUACGCGUUGCGAGCGCCUCGUUAUUACGUAGCGGCCCGUUUUCUUGAGGACUAUAAUAAAGGAUUUUCUCUCAAACUAAAGUCGUCCCUGUCGUCCACCGAGCACGAACGCAACAGCACUUCUGCGCGAUCCAACGAAGCGUGCGUCGUCUAAGUAGGCGCAUUCCACUCGCAGAGUCAGUCGAAUUAUCGCUUCAAGGUCAAGCUUACAAUUCGUGACUAAGGGAUCAUAGCUGCAUCUACGUUCGUACAGUGACACUGUUCUGAUUACAUUAAAUUCAUGAACACCUUUGUAUUCAUCCUGACGCGCUCGCGUUGUUGUCAAUAGACCAAAGAUUAAUCGCAUCAGCUCACUGCUCGGACAACUCCCACCAGCUUGAGUGGCAUGGAAGUGAUGAUGAGACGGUAUCACUCGUCGAUGCAGCGUGGUUUAUAAAUCAGCUCUGGUUAACUGUUUUGCGCUCUUCGUAUGAUUUCAUUUACGAGUCGUGUAUCACUUCCUCGGCCUCGUAAAGUGAGAAUUUGGAGACUGUAGCUUUGCAGCGAAGAGAAAACUUCACUACGUUGUAAUUGUAAUUUGAUAGUAAAGUAAUUGCUUUAUUUGUAUACGCGCGGCUCUCGCAUGUAGUAAGCAAUGCUGAAGGUGCUAACGAGAACUGUCUGUGUCACGUCGUUCCAUCCUUCCUUCCUUCCUUUUUCAAACCUAUAAAUGGAACGAUCUUCACGUGAUUGCCAUCAAGAAAAAAAAAAGUAAAUUUUCAUUAUCUCGACAGCGUAAGCGACACCCAGAAUAAAAGAAGAGUACUUAAGCGCGCUAAAUCAAUCCAACUUCAACAAAAAAUAAAACAGCGAUACGUGUUCGCUAAAAUAUGCAGAUGACGAAUUUGCAAAUGUAUGCUGCAGCGGGAUCGCCUCGUUCUUAGCGCCUUUCCGUAUACGUGUCGUGUAGGGCUCCGAUUUGUGCCACGGCCGAGUUCUAUUCGCAAGCGAGCAUUUAAAAUAUACGCACAUUUGUUUCAACGUCUUCUUCGACUUGGAUGAAAGAAAGAAGCGGAUAUUCGAACCAAUCUGCGAAAGUGCGAACUAAGGUGAUCCGAAAGCGGCGGGAUCGCUCCUAACAAAACUUCUCGCGACGAGAACUCCAAAUUUCCGUUCCGAAUCUCGCCGAAAUAUCGACGGGCAGAGAGAACGGCGCUUGCAGACAGCGAUCAGCGUUAAUUCGCCUAGACGUUCCGGAAGAAUGUGUAGGCGUACGUCUGAAGGCUUGUUAUAUCGACACGCGUGUGUGAAAGAUUCCCGAUCUGCUUUCGUAUGGAAUGUAUCAACUUUGUAGUGUUGGUCUUUGUGCGAAAGAUAUUGUGCAAUACAAGUCAGUGUAGAACGGUCGGCUGUGUGUGCGUGUCUGGACAGAGCAUUCUCUCUCUUUCUCUCUCUCUCUUACUCUUUCGCCAGUGUGGAACUUAAGGGGCGGUCUACUUUACAAUCCCUGUUCUACAUCAACGCUGCACGCCUGAACGAGCAGAUACACGCUGAGAUAACCCGUGCACAAGCUCGUCUUAUUUCGUUAGUAAGCACUUUUACUAAUGAAUUCGGAAGGAGAACAGCCGAACGCGCACUAAUUGGACGAUGCACUUGUUGGUGUUUGGGAGCCAGAUGGUUCUCUCCGGUCGGUGAGACAUCAAAUGUUAACAGUCGUCGGUAAAAGUUCAAAUACGAUUGUUGACAUUUUAAAAAAUUCGGUGAAACAGGAGCAAAACAAAAACAGUUUUUUUUUUUUCUGCUUCUGGCGCUUUGUGAUCUCGCUCAAAACUCACAAGCGCGCACUGUUUAGAGAAGGUACGUCGUGGUGGCUCCCCUCAUGUGCGCAACGGGCCGUUAGGGUAGAAAUUGAAGAAGCUCAACUGCAUUGGCCAGCGGGUUGGGUACGUUUUGCCUGCUUAUAGGGAUGGUCGUUGGAAGAGGAACAAAAAAGGACAUGAAAGCAUCUUUGCUAAUAAUUGUUAGCCAAGAUGUGCCACUAGAAGCUGUUGGCUAUCACCAAGUUCACUGUGGGAGUACUCCUUGUAUUAUUUUCCGCACGAUCAGCCGCAUACGCAGUAAAAAAAAAAAAAAAAAAGGAACAAAGCAACAAUCACACGCAAGCUGCCCCAUGUGAGAGACAAGUACUACCAAAAUCAGUAAACACACAUAUUCGUUAUCCUGUAAGUGUGUGAAACAUCGGUCUCGAGUGUAGUUUUCUCGAAUACCAUGUGCCCGAUAUCCUGAACAUACCUGGACGCACCUACAAUAUUGAUGCCUACCUCUUUCGUAUAAGACACGAAUAUAACUUGUUCGAGAGCUCAGACUUGUUUGCGAUGCUGACAUUUGAGGCUGACGCAGUGUGUUAGUUGUUGUAUAGAAAGUUCUCUAGAAACGCCUAUGACCUCCGAUACAUAGCCUGCAGCUGUGUAGUGUCUGAAUGUUUCGCUAUGCGUUCUUCUUGUGGGCAGUAUAGACUCGACGCUUGAGCGUGUAUUGACUUCUACGUGGUCAAUGAUCUCGUUCCAACGACUUCAAAGUGAGAACCGUAGCGUGCGCGCAUGCACGCAUAAAGGCAUGCGCGUCUGUGUGGAGUAAAAAAAAGCUUCCCCUCUUAAUCGUAUGCCGAGUUGACUCACGCGUUUUUCGAGCGCAAUAUGUAUAACGCUAUGGCCAAGCUCCUGUCGACGAUGUUAUCGAGACUACGCUGGAUUUGUCUAUAGACCCGUUACUUAGCAGCACCUUUAUAUAGCUGAGAGAUGCGUGGUCUAUAUAUAUUCGUGACGUCGGUUCUCGAAUGAAUGUUGCAGCGUUUACUGUAGAUGUGUUCCGGUGUGCCGACGAAAUAAGUGCUGAACGCUGAGAGGCUUGAAUUGAACGCGAGUUAGAUGAACUGAUAUUAGGUGCGUUGCUUCUGCGCGUCUUUGUCGUUGAAGUUUCACUGUUCUCACAUGUUUAAACGGAACUGCAGAUUAAACAAAGCACACUUUUCAAAAUUAUGAAUUACUCCUAGAAAGUAUUUUGUUUUUCUUUAAGUACUUGACGCAUAAGAUCAGUGUUGCCUUUAAUUUCAGGCACGACCAAGUUCCGUAGUCUAAACACACCAGCUUGUUUUUGUCACAUAGGCAGAGCAAAAUAAAAUUUCAUGCGCGUCGGUUUCUCCACAAUUAACAUCUAUUCGUGAUUCUGGUAUACCGUGGUGAAGAUAUUCCACGUAGUAAGAGUGUUCUGUUCGGUGUUCGCCAAGAUCACAAAAAGGUUCAUCAACAUGGUUCCUUCGUUACUUGCCAUUAGGGUAAUGUGUAUGUUAACAGGAGAACAGACAAAAAAAAAAGAAAGAAAGAAGCUGGUGAAUGCAGAGGCAUCACAGGUGUUGAGUCCGGAUUUACGUGUCUCGUAAAACCCUUGUUCAUUGAAUAUCUCGUCUAAUUUAUUGUCGUGCCAUAGCAUUCGGGUAAACAUCCCAUCGCGAGUUGUUGACCCUGUACGCGUCACUGAAAUAAAAUGAGGCGAAAAUUAAAAAAAAAAGACACAUUGUUGGAAUAGUCGAUACUCCUCUGAUAUACGUUACCGUUGUCGUGUACAGUUUCAGAUAUAUAGAUAGAGUCGCUGCAACAGUUUAUUGUAUAGCGCCUGUAGAUUGCUCUCCUUGUUACCUAUUGCCCUCUCCUUCUGAUCGAGUGCUGCUUAAAAUAAGGAACGUGCGCAGGCACAGUGCAGCGAAAGUGUGUUGCUCUUUGAUUGAAGAACCUGCGGGAUCUCCUGUCGUGACUGUGACCUACAAAGCAUGCCCGUGCACAUACACGAUAUAUAGUGGUGAUAAGAUAUAAAUAUAUUGCGUAUAUAUAUAUUUUUGUGUGACAAACGCGUCGGCAUAACUUGUCGGGACGAAAAAAAAAAGAUGUACAAUAAAAGCUCGAUGUCAUUGCUGUUGUUAAAA